UACGAUAGAAAAUCCAGGCUGUGCUGGGCGACUGUCCCCAGCACCACCCAAGAGCCGCCAGCCGUAUAGAGAGAAUCUCCCACAAGGUCGGUCAAGCCAUUUGCCGUCCGUCCAUCCUCUCUCUCUCUCCCACAAGGUCGCCGGCUGGUCGUUGCUGGGGGGGGCGCGGGAUGGUGCUCUUCUCCAAGAGCGUGUCGGCUCUCCGCGGCUUGCGUUCUUCCGCUGUUGGCUACGAGGUUGGUUCAUACUUGGUGAGAAGUUGUAAGACGGGAGGUUCAUUGGAUCAUUACGGCACGUCAAUGUAUACAACCUGUGCUAAGCUGUGCGAGGAUCCUUCCAAAGAGAGCUCUCCUUCUGAUAUGUUGAUCGAUUCUUUCGGAAGGCUCCACACUUACUUGAGGAUCUCCUUAACGGAGCGUUGCAAUCUGAGGUGUCAAUACUGUAUGCCAGCAGAAGGGGUAGAACUUACUCCGAGCUCUCAGCUUCUUUCGCCGAAUGAGAUCGUCAGUUUAGCAAAUCUGUUUGUUACCUCCGGUGUCAACAAGAUUCGAUUGACUGGGGGAGAGCCGACCAUCAGGAAAGAUAUCGAAGACAUAUGCUUGCAGUUGUCUAGUCUUAAAGGGUUAAAGACACUAGCCAUGACAACCAAUGGAAUCACUCUUGCCAGGAAACUUCCCAAGCUUAAAGAGUUUGGCCUUAAUUCUAUCAAUAUCAGCUUAGAUACGUUGGUGCCGGCCAAAUUUGAAUUCUUGACCAGACGCAAGGGGCAUGAGAAGGUCUUGGAAUCUAUCAAUGCUGCUAUUGAUCUUGGCUACAAUCCUGUGAAAGUGAACUGUGUUGUUAUGCGUGGCGUCAAUGAUGAUGAGAUAUGUGAUUUUGUGGAGUUGACUCGAAGUAGACCAAUUAAUGUGCGAUUUAUUGAGUUCAUGCCUUUCGAUGGAAACGUUUGGAAUGUGAAGAAACUAGUGCCAUACUAUGAAAUGCUAGAUAAAGUGGUUGUGAAAUAUCAAGGCCUUCAGAGAAUUCAGGAUCACCCUUCAGAAACAGCCAAGAAUUACAGGAUAGAUGGGCAUCACGGUACGGUUUCUUUCAUCACGUCAAUGACUGAGCAUUUUUGUGCUGGUUGCAAUAGAUUGCGACUUUUAGCUGACGGGAACUUCAAAGUAUGCUUAUUUGGGCCCUCAGAGGUUAGCUUAAGAGAUCCCCUUCGUGCCGGUGCUGAGGAAGACGAGCUCAGGGAAAUAAUUAGUUCAGCGGUCAAAAGAAAGAAAGCUGCGCAUGCUGGAAUGUUUGACAUUGCGAAGACUGCGAAUAGGCCGAUGGUACAUAUAGGUGGCUAAGAAAUGAUUCCUCAAAUUCUGAACUUAAUUUUCUGGAGCAAGCAAAGAAGGAUGCCAAGAAAUUGCACACAGCCUGGAGAAUGCCAGACAACAGCAUGGCAUGCAAUAUCUUUUUGUGGAUAUAUCUUUUAUAGAUGCCGUGUAAGCAUGCGAUGCAUACCUCUGUUUUGCCAAAUGAUUCAUUGACCAUACUUUAGAAAAAGCUCUUUUGUGAGCUUUACUUUUGUUGCAUUACAGAUAGAAUCAAAGUUGUCACACCUAUGUUCUUGCUAAUGUAAAAAAGGUGGUACGAAAUCCGAGCAUCAA